UCAGAAACCCAAGCAACAACGCCGCUCGCCGGUGAAGUUUUGAGCUGUUUUAUUGCAGAAUCCUACAUGUGGUCGAGAAAAUGGGAACAAAAAGGAAAUAGAUAAGGUCACCACAUACCAGAGACACAACAGGUCUCCAUCAGGCAGAAGGAGCCGACACCGGCUCGGAGAUGCCAGCCCUGAACUGGAAGCCGUUCAUCUACGGGGGGAUGGCGUCCAUCGUCGCCGAGACCGGCACCUUCCCCAUCGACCUGACCAAAACGCGGCUACAGGUGCAGGGCCAGUCCCACUGCAUGGAGGUGCGCUACCGGGGCAUGUUCCACGCCCUGCUCCGCAUCGGGAGAGAGGAGGGCAUCAAGGCACUCUACUCGGGGAUUUCCCCGGCUCUCCUACGCCAGGCUUCCUACGGGACUAUUAAGAUCGGCACCUACAACACAUUAAAGAAGCUGUUUGUGAGCCGCCCUGAAGAUGAGACCAUGGUGAUCAACGUGUUCUGCGGAGUGGUGUCUGGAGUGCUGUCCUCGUCUCUGGCCAACCCCACGGACGUACUCAAGAUCCGCAUGCAGGCGCAGGGCAGCCUACUGCAGGGCAGCAUGUUGGCCAACUUCAUGAACAUCUACCAGACCGAGGGCACCCGCGGCCUCUACAGGGGUGUGAUUCCUACAGCACAGAGGGCCGCCAUUGUGGUAGGGGUGGAGCUACCCGUCUAUGACAUCACCAAGAAGCACCUCAUUGGUUCAGGAAUAAUGGGUGACACCAUCCUAACACAUUUCGUUUCCAGUUUUACGUGUGGCCUGGCGGGAGCGCUGGCGUCCAACCCGGUGGACGUGGUGCGGACGCGCAUGAUGAACCAGCGCGUGCUGUCGGGCAGCCCGCUCUACAAGGGCACGCUGGACGGCCUCAUGCAGACGUGGAAGGGCGAGGGCUUCUUCGCCCUCUACAAGGGCUUCUGGCCCAACUGGCUCCGCCUGGGGCCCUGGAACAUCAUUUUUUUCAUCACGUUUGAACAGCUGAAGAAGCUUCCCUUAUAGCGGGCGAUCGGACUGGGAUCGGGAACCUUCUCCUGCAUUCACAAUCACUCCCUCACCAUUUGCGUGCGUGUAUGCAUGGUGCAUAUUCAUGAAAUUUGCUUUGAAUGUUUUCCUGCAAAGCGUCUUUUUUUUUCGUUUGUGUUUUUAUUAUGUAUUUAAUUUGUUUUGAUUUUAUUUAUUUGUUUUUAAUUUAUUAUUGCACCAUUUUACACUUCUCAUUCUUCGGACUCCAUCCUCAGACUAUCCUCCCAUCAAAUCCGUUCUCCCCCGGCAGCUGAAUUAAAAGUGUUGGUCCUUUCCGACCAAAUAGGAAGCAUAGUAGGUGGAAAACUGCUAAAACUGAUGCCACACUGGGAUGUUUCAUUUUGUUUUGUUUGCUAAUUGAGCAGUAUUGUGCAAGGUAGUUGGCGUUCCUACUUGGGGAGUGCUGGCAGCUGUCUUGAAAAUAUAUGUGUGUAGAUGGGUGGCCAUGGUCACGUGACGUCACAAACACACACAGCUGUUGCUGUUGUUACGGAGGGAAAACGGUCUACUACAGGGUUGGGAAACCUUUUUCAUUCGAGGGGCCACUUCAAAUUUUCCAAGUCCUCCAAGGGCUGGACAAUGAACACAAACCAGGAUUUUCCCCCACACUUUAGGCUUGUAUUGAAGGCGGCCACCUUUACAACAGACCCCACCUUCACUAGGUCCCCUUAAGGUAUAACUGAAUUGAAAAUAAUAAUUGAAAAUAAAAUUAUGUUGGGUGCCAGAUAAGAUGGCCCUCGAGACAUAGGCUCCCCACCCAUGGUCUACUACAUAAACACACUGGAGUGCUGGGACACUAUGGUCAGCCCCCCCUCUUUUUUUUUUCUUUCUUUUUUUUUUUUUUUUAAACAUAUUCUUUCUUAAAAAUCCCACAGCCUAUUUAUUUCCAGGCUUUCCAGAUGCUUUAGUGAAAAAUCUGAAAUAAUAGGCAACAUCUACUCUGUAUAUCGUAUUAAGGUGUCACUUGGAAACUGCUUCUGUCUGCCCUAUUACGAUCAUGCAGAUCUCAGUGGUACUGUAGUAGUUCACCUUUUUGUUUGAGUUGGAAAAGGUCAGUGUUUCCAUCUAGUUCCCCUGCUUCCAGAGUACAUUUUUGCGACGUGUGGGCUGUGAAACUUUCUUUUUCUUUCUUUUUCUUUUUCUUGGGCAAAUGUUGCCCAAUAAUGUCAGUAUAAUGAAGUGUAAUCCCGUCAAAAUCUGAAACCAUUCAAGAGCCUGCAGCCUUGACUUGUAAAGUUCCUGUUGGCGCUCUUGAAAGGUACUGAGUGAGGUUUGCAGUUUUUGUUUGUGCAUGGGUUACGUGAGGCAUUUCAAACUUGAAGAUAUUUAUGUAUAUUUGUUUCUUUAGCCCAAUAGGUUUUUUUUUUUUUAAUCUCUUACUCUUAUAUUGCUGGAGCUACAUUGGCAUAGCUAAUGAUGUCUGGUGAACGCAAAGAAAAUAAUAGUCAGUUUUGGAUCACCUUUGCUUUGUAUAAAAGCUCUUGCUAGUGGCUGUCACACUAGUAAGGCUUAACCGCACUGCUUUUCCGUGCAGACUUUGGUGUGCUUGAUUUUAGCUUGCUGUAUUGGUUCUCAAUUCUAGUAAACUCAUGCUUGCUCUCUGA